UGAAGUCAACGUCGUCGAAUCAGUACAAAUUUAAAUUAACACAUUUCAGAUAGGUACUGAGAAUCCGAUCUUUAAAACGACCCCACUAAUCAUUAUAUAUAGAGGCACAAGAUCUUGAAAAAACCCUCUUGUUCCUACUGAUGAUUGAAGCCUCUGGUUACCCUAUCAAGAUGUGGGGCGUUCUUUCCUGCUUCGUCGGCCCUCUCGUGUGCCUUCUGAUGAUCCGUUCUUCGCGAAAGGCUAUGCCGGUCGUGACCUUCCCGACCCUCCACAGACCGGCCAGCCAUCCAGAACACGCGCGCCGUGCGAGCCCCGGGCGCUCGCCCGAGGGCCGCGGCUGUGCAAAUGUUUGCUGCUGCGGCGGCGCCUGGACCUUCCAAGAGGACAAGCGGUUCGAGAACGCCUUGGCCAUGCUGCCUGGCCGGGUUGACCUCUCCUCGUUACGCGAUUUCGUCGAGGGGAUUGCUCCAGAGUUCCCCGGGAAGUCGGUUGAGCAGGUCGGGAGGCACCUCGAGGCGCUGUGGCACGAUGUGGAAUUGAUAGAUUCAGGUGAAGUCAUGUUCCCGGAGCAAUGGACGAUGGACGAGGACAGCGAGCGCGAAGAAUCGAAAGGCAAAUCGAAAGUUCAACGGAAAAGAGGGAUUGCAUGGACUAAAGAAGAACACGAGCGAUUUCUUGGAGGAUUGGAGAUAUAUGGCAAAGGGGAUUGGAAGAACAUCGCCAGAUACGUCGUGCUAACAAAAAGUCCGACGCAAGUAGCUAGUCAUGCGCAGAAGUACUUCAACCGCAAAGACCGCACAGAGAACCAAAAACUUCGUCGGAGCAUCAAUGACACUCACAGCAUCGGCAACAUCAGAGCUGCGGCUUCCCCAUCCUCGAGUUCGCCAUCUACUCGUUACACAGAUAGAAAGUGACUGCUUAGUUUCGAGUGCCUCGACUUCUGAAAGCAGAUAUCACCGCACAGCUUCUGCUCAAUUGAUUGCGUAAGGCCCAUCGCCGCGAUAUUUGAAUCUUUCGAAAUGUAUCACGUUUGGUUUUUUCUAUACAUUAGGAGAGUCAUUCCUCAAAGACUAGGUCAUGAAGAUCGUAGUCAAGUCUGAGGACCCGGGUGCUGAGUCAUUCCUGUUGUUUUCAUGGGAUACAAUGAAUAAGAAAUCGAUGGCCAUAAUGAAGGCUCGGAGCGGAAGAGAUAUGUACAUGUUUGUACAUGCACAUAUCAGUUAACUUUUACAAACUGAAUGUGUUUUCUGGAUGUGCAUGUGCUUAAGUAAUGCAAGAGGAUGGGUAGAC